CUCUGCUUCCUACCCCAAACAACUCAGAUCACCACCUCCAUCGGCCAUGGCUACCACCUCCUCUCUUUUUUCUUUUAACUUGUUGAAACACUAGCCCUAGCUUAUUCCAUCGCUACAUAGCAACUGUAAGGUCGAAAUCUACUCCUCUAAUCCUGACUCUCAUCCACCUACAGUGCGAAGCGACUUGGGCUCUCUGGCAACAUUUGCGUAUAGGUGUGUGUGUGUAUAUACAUAUUUGGAGGUGAGAAUAUUAUCCCCUGAACUCCAUUAAAUUCAGUGAGCAAACACCAAACACCACCCAAAAAUCCGGCCACCAAUCACCACUGUUGCUUGUUUAGCUAGUUUUCAGCCAUUAAAUCCGGCCAACAAACACACCCAAAAAAAAAAAAAAACAUAUAUUUAAGAAUCAAAAUUAAAGCAUGGAGACAAACCAAAAGAAUAUUUAAUUGUGAGUACUUUAGUUGUCUGGGGAGAAGAUUUUGGAUGUCGAGUCCACAGAGGAUAUAUACUGUUCUCUUCCCACCACCGUCUCUGCCGCCAUCCCGCCCCACCACCACCAUCUCUGCCGCCAUCUCACCCUACCACCACCAUCUUUAGCUUUGUUAUAAUUUGUAAUGCGUUCCAAUAACGACUCUGCCGGAUUGCCAACUGGAGCAAGAGAGAGAAAUAGACGAUGACGAUGGUUAGAUUUCACGACCAAGAGAGAGAAGAUUGGGUUCCAGAAACCGAAUCGCAUUAGUGGUUUUGUAACACAUGGCUUUCUGUGUAUGACUCAGAUUUGUGAUUGGGUUUGCAGAAGUCAGGUCUGUGAUUGUUGACAGAGUUGCAAAGAAUGAGAUCAGAGAGAUGCACUUUGGUAGAGAUGAAAGCCAAUGAGAGUUAGGGUUUGUUAAUAAAAUUGGGGUUUGAUUGAUUUAAUUCUAAAAUUUUAAUAGGGGCAAUAUUGUCAUUUUAAAAUUAUAGUGCAUGUUUCACCGGAAAAAAUCAAUCUGAAUAGUGACGAACAGUGACAUAGUGUGUUUUUUUCCAAAAAUAAAAUAGUUUAGGGAGUUUAUUGUAAAAAAAAUAAAAAUUCAGGAAGAUUUUUUUGAUAAAGAGUAAAGAUGAGGGAGUUUAUUGCACUUUACCCUUGUUUAAAGCAAAAGCCCAAAUUUUUCAUGGUGUUUCAAGGGUCCACAGAGCAUAAAUAAAAGAAGUUGUCCACUCCAUUGUUAAAGAAACGAAACCGUUUAUGAAAAACAUGUUGUGGCAACAAGAAUCUUGACUUUACAGGGCCACUAAAAAAAAAUUACAGGUUAUUUACAAUAGCAUAGGCACAUGAUUCAAGAAUUGAAAGUUGCAUGAAUAGAAAAUUGAAGAAACUGUUUGGAUACGGUGUUUGUUUUUUUAAAAAAAAAAAAUCCUCACCUAUCAAACUAACCACAACGACAUGGUUUUAGACUUUGAAAGGUCGUUACGUGCGUUCAGGUGGUCAACUCUCUCUCUUGUGUGUGUAUAUAGGUGGUCAAUUCUCUCUCUUGUGUGUGUGUAUAUAGGUGGUCAACUCUCUCUCUUGUGUGUGUGUAUAGGUGGUCAGAUCUCUCUCUCAUCAUAGUGAUCAAGUGCAGUUUCCUAUAUGUGUGUGUUUGUAGAUAUAAGUCCGCAGUAAUUACACAACCCUUCAAGGCUCAAUUUUUCUAAAAGGAACUCCAAUGUCUAUCAAGGAUUAUGCAUAACAGGAUGGAAGAGGGGCUCUUGGUAUCAGAAACCUUGAAAGUCAGAGUAUGGGUGGAAUCAAAGAAAAUCUGGAGAGUUGCAUUUCCUUCUAUACUAACAAGAGUGAGCGCAUAUGGGAUUUUGGUGGUGACACAGGCAUUUAUGGGACAUAUUGGUGAAACACAGCUUGCUGCAUAUGCGCUUAUACAAAUAAUUGGAAUCCGGUUUGCAAACGGAAUAUUGUUUGGCAUGUCAAGUGCAACAGAGACUUUGUGUGGGCAAGCAUUUGGGGCAGGGCAAUACCACAUGCUGGGUAUCUACCUGCAAAGGUCCUGGAUUAUUGAUCUCACUGCAGCCACACUUUUGGUCCCCUUCUUUGUCUUUUCGGGGCCUAUUUUCCGGCUUCUUGGCCAGGACGAAGAUAUAGCAGAAGACAUAGAGAACAUUUCUUUAUGGUUCAUUCCCAUUCUCUACUACUUCGUGUUUAGCUUAACCAUCCAAAAGUACUUACAAGGACAGCUCAAGAACAGGAUUGUUGGGUGGCUUGGCGCUGCUUCAUUCGUAAUUCAUGUCUUUCUGUCCUGGCUCUUUGUGAUCAAAUGGAACUGGGGUGUCCCUGGUGCAAUGAGUGCCAUGAACAUAUCAUGUUGGUUAAUGGUUGUUGGAGAGUUUGCAUACGUUUUCGGAGGUUGGUGUUCGGAGACUUGGAGAGGAUUCACUAAAGCUGCCUUUAUAGACCUCUUACCUGUAAUAAAGCUAUCAAUAUCCUCUGGAGUGAUGAUUUGCUUGGAGUUUUGGUACAACGGUGUUUUGAUCUUAGUCGCGUCAUAUAUGACAAAUGCAACGAUAGCCAUAUCCGCCUUCUCCAUAUGCAUAAAUAUUAUUGCAUGGGAAUUAAUGAUAUCCAUAGGCUUCCUAGUUGCUGCAAGUGUGCGGGUUGCAAAUGAAUUGGGAAGAGGAAAUGCAGAAGCUGCAAGAUUUUCUGUCAAAGUCAUCUCAAUUACUUCACUUUGCAUUGGAUUGUUCUUUGCAGUUUUAUGUUUAAUUUUUGGUCACAGUAUGUCCUACUUGUUUACAAGUAACGAAGAAGUUGCAGAAUCUGUGUCAAGCCUCUCUGUUCUACUAGCUUUGUCAAUCUUGCUCAAUAGUCUUCAGCCAGUAUUCUCAGGAGUGGCUGUAGGUGCUGGUUGGCAAAGUGUGGUUGCUUUCAUUACUAUUGGUUGCUACUAUAUCAUUGGAGUUCCACUAGGACUUUUGCUUGGUUAUGUUGCUCAUUUGCAAAUUACGGGGAUAUGGACCGGAAUGAUAUGUGGAGUGGUAACGCAAACACUUGUGCUAUCCUACAUUAUCUGGAGAACUAACUGGGAUGAUCAGGUGAAUAAUGCAGCAAAUCAUCUCAAUAGGUGGUUAUUGAAACCCUCAGAGGAAACCAAUGAAAGCCCAACUCAUGCUUGAUGGGAUGGGACCAAAAUCGUAUCAUUUAUUUAUUAUUUAUUAUUAUUAUUAUUUAUUUUUGACCUUGUUUGUGUGUUCUUUUUUUUCUUUUCUUUUUUUGGGUAAAGAUUGUUAGUGAAUUGUUGAAACAUAUUGAAUUCUAUUUUGACCUCGUUGGAUUCAUUGAAACAGAGUGAAUUCUAACGAAGAUCAUCUAUGCAUGCUUUCAGGGACCAAUACCAUAUCA